UUAAGGAUUAUGAGCAAUGAUAUCCCACUCAUGACCUUGAGUUGGCAGCAGUAGUGUUCACACUAAAGAUAUUGAAACAUCACCUAUAUGGAAACAAGUGUGAGAUAUACACUGACCACAAAAGUUUGAAGUACUUCUUCACGCAAAAGGAACUGAAUAUGAGGUAGCGAAGGUAGUUGGAACUAGUGAAGGACUAUGAUUGUGAGAUUCUAUACCAUCCAGGCAAGGCCAAUGUGGUUGCAGAUGCAUUGAGUAGGCGGGGACAUGGGAAUGCCUCAACACUACGUACAAUAGAGAUGCCUCUUCAAAAAGAGAUCAUAAAUACCGACAUCGAACUUGUGACAAGAAGUAUAGCGAACCUCACGUUACAAUCCUCCCUACUAGAAAAAAUUUGAGAAGGACAGAAAGUGAAUGAAGCCUUAAUGAAGCAAGAGGCUUUGGUACAAGAAGGUGGUAGCAGUGAUUUCACAAUAUCCAAUGGUGGAUUGCUGAGAUACAAGGAUAGGAUUUGUGUGCCUGACAAUGCUAAGAUUAAGGAAAGUAUUAUGAAAGAAGUGCAUACAACACCCUAUUCCUUACACCCAGGGAUCACAAAGAUGUACCAAGACCUUAAGGUGUUAUAUUGGUGGCAUGGAAUGAAGAGGGAUAUUGCUAAGUUUGUUGCUAGAUGUUUGACAUGCCAGCAAGUCAAAGCAGAACACCAAAGGCCAGCAGGGUUACUUCAACCACUCUCCAUUCCUGAAUGGAAAUGGGAGGAUAUAGCAAUGAAUUUUGUGGUAAGGUUACCCAGAACCACCAAGUAGCAUGAUUCUGUGUGGGUAAUAGUGGAUAGACUCACUAAGUCCGCCCAUUUCCUGCCAUUUAAGACCACAUACUCAGCGGACCAAUAUGCAAAAUUGUGUGUAAGUGAGAUAGUGAGACUUCAUGGGGUGCAAAAGUCCAUAAUUUCUGGUCGAGGGUCAGUUUUCACAUCGAACAUUUGGAAGGGACUACAAAGAGCUAUGGGAUCAAGGCUAAAGUUUAGCACUGCAUUUCAUCCUCAGACUGAUGGGCAAUCUGAGAGGACUAUACAAAUUCUAGAGGAGAUGUUGAGGUGUUGUGCUUUGGACUUCUCAGAGUCUUGGAACCGAUACUUAACCCUAAUGGAUUUCUCUUAUAAUAACAGUUAUCAAUCUACUAUUGGAUGGCUCCCUAUGAGAUGUUUUAUGGACGCAAGUGUAGAUCUCCUUUGCACUUGAUUGAAGUUGGGGAGAAGCAAAUUUUAGGCCCUGAAGCAGUUAGGGAAGCUAGUGAGGCAAUCGAGAAGAUUCGUCAAAGGAUGCUCACCGCGCAGAGUAGGCAAAAGAGCUACGCUGACCUUAAGAGAAGGGACAUCGAAUUUUCAGUAGGCGAGUUUGUUUUCUUGAAAGUCUUGUCGAUGAAUGGAGUUAUGCGUUUUGGAAAGAAAGGGAAGUUAAGCCCCAUAUAUAUAGGUCCAUUUGAGAUUUUGGACAAAGUAGGGCAAGAUGCUUACCGUUUGGCACUGCCCCCAGCACUAGCUGAAAUGCAUAACGUCUUCCACAUCUCGAUGUUGCAUAAGUACGUGUCAUAUCCCUCAUGUAUUGAGUUACGAGCCGUUACAGCUGAAGCAGGACGUGAGUUAUGAUGAACAGUCUGAGCGCGUUAUUGAAAAGGGAAUCAAGGAACUGAGAUCCAAAAGGAUUCCACUAGUUAAGGUCUUGUGGAAGAAUAGUACGGAACGAGAAGCAACAUGGGAGUUGGAGGAAGACAUGAAAGAAAGAUACCCUGAAUUAUUUGGUAAGAAAGAAUUUCGUGACGAAAUUCAUUUUAAUGAGGGUAUAUUGUAGCGCACCAAAUUUUGUUUAGUUAUUAAAUUUGGUGCUUUAGUUUAUUUAAUUGUUAAGUGUUGUGAAUUAUUAUUUAUUUAUUUAAAUUAAUUGUUAGAUUUGUUUGGUAGAAUUUUGUGAAUUUAAUUUUUAUUUGUUAUUUAUUUAUUUAUAUAUUUUAAAAAUGUGAAUAAUUGAGUUUUGAUUGAAUGCACUAAGGUGCAUGGUAAGUAGUGAUGCACCCUAGUUAUUGAGUGUGUGCAUGUGCAUGGUUGCAUGGUGCAUAUGUGUAGAAUUUUCUACACACUUUGAAAUUGCCUUUUAUUAGAUUUAUUUAUUAAAUUAAUUAGAAAAAAAAUAAAAUAAAGAAAGGGAAAGGGGCUUGGACGUGUGAAACAUAGUGGGAAAGGGGAUUUUCAUUUCCUAUUUUAUUUGGGUGAAUUUGGUUAAAAAUAGAAGAGAUUUUGUCAUCUUUAUUCCAUACCAAAUUAAAAAUAAAAUCAAUUAAAUAAAAAUUAAAAGAAAAUAAGCAACAAAUGGGAAAAUUACCAAUGAUUUUCCUUAGGCUAUUAUGGGUAGAUAGAAUAAAGAGGGAAGGAAAGAAGUGAAGAGCAUUUUUGCUCAUUUGGACCGUCAGCCUAGAGAGAAGAGAGAGAGAGUGGAGAGCUAGAGAGUGAAAGGGAGAGAGGAGCUGCCAUUUUAUAGAGAGAAGGAGGAAAGAAAGAAGAGAAGGAGGAGAAAGAAAAGGGGUUUCAAAGCUCUAGGAUUUUGAGCAAGGAGGUGGUUCUAAUUUGAGUUCUUGAUUUCUAUCAAGAGAGAUAUGUCGACUCCCAACAUCUUCGACAUGUAUCAGGCCAAAGAAGAAGAAGAAGCCCCCCAACUCACACGGAAGCCCAAAAAGAGAACUGGUGAAUCUAGUCGGGGCCCUCCAGCCAAGAAAAGUCGACCAGAAGACCCUCCUCAGGGCACACCAACUGGGCAAAGUCCUGCGCCAACUGGGCGAACUCUUACUCCACCUCCAGCUCCUUCCGAACAGAAAACUACUCCUGUUCGGCCCAAUCCUCCAGCUGCACCUGCUAGGGAGCAGCUUUCUCGUGAAGAUGCUCAUGGGGCCAGACUCGUGAGCCGUGCCAUCCGAUCUGCCAAGGAUCGCCUCGAUCGCAUAGGCAAAGGUGAGCGUGUUGGGGCCGCAAUGGUCCAAGCUGAAGAGUUACCAGUCGACCAAAUCCUGAACAGGGCUCUGAACGAGAUCUCCAGCGCCUUACUUUCUGCCACUACUGCUCGUACCCGAGCCCAGGCUUACGCCGAGCAGGUCGAGGAAAAAGUUAUCGAGAAAUAUCAGGUGAAGGCGGCCGAGGAGCUUUCGGCUGCUGAGGCUAAGCACGCUAAGGAGUUGGAGACAGUGAUCCGAGAGAGGGAUACAGCGGUGACUAAGCUGUCCGAGGCUGAAGCUGCAAAGGAAGCAGUGGUCAAGUUGAGGCAAGAGUACCGGGAGUUCAACAAAACCCAUCUCCGCGAAAUCAAGCAUCUGGGGGAGGUACUCAAGACCAAGGAUAGGGCUAUUCUCUCCCUCGAGGGCAAAGUGAAGCAAUUGGAGCUUGACAACUCCAAGAAUCUGGAAAAUUAUAAGAGGACAACACUCCGAUGUUUCUACAAUUUCUGGAAACACAAUCAGGGUGCUGACUUUAGCUACCUUUCAGAGGAAGUCAGAACUGCAGAGCUGGCCCGAUGUGCUGCCCAACUGGCCGAGGAGGAAGCAAGAGCCGCGACCCCUGCCACUCCAAGCGUUGCUGGUUUGGAAGAAGAAGAUGCUGUUGAGGACGUGACUAACCAGGAUGCUGCUCAGGACCCUCCAGCCCCGAAUGCCUCUUGAAUUCUUAUUUGUUUUUUCUUCUUUUUUGGAUAUACGACCUAAGGGUCGUGGUGUAAAGACAGUAGUUUCUUUUUUUUUUUUUUAAACUUUGCUGCACGGGCAGCAAAUCUUUUUACUUUGAACAGUUAUAU